AUGACCAACGACAGCCUGGCGCUGAGCAGCCUGCAAGGGUUUUACAUCGGCACCGAGUGCUUGAUCGCUUUGAUUGCCAUUUUGGGUAACAUCCUGGUCAUCUGGGUGGUGAAGCUGAGCUCGGCAUUUCAGAACACAACUCUGUACUUCAUCAUUUCCCUGGCGCUGGCCGAUUUGGCUGUGGGGGUCCUCGUGGUACCCCUGGCUGUCGUGGUGAGCCUGGGCAUCACCGUCCACUUCUACACCUGCCUGUUUAUGUGCUGCCUCAUGGUGGUUUUCACCAACGCGUCCAUCCUCUCCCUCCUGGCCAUCGCCAUCGACAGGUACCUGCGGGUGAAGCUGCUGACCAGAUAUAAAAUAAUCACUACAGAGCGAAGAGUUUGGUGGGCACUGGGGUUGUGCUGGUCUCUGUCCCUGCUGGCAGGAUUCAUCCCCCUGUUCGGCUGGAACAAGGCAGAACCAAGAAACCUGGAUUCUCUCACGUGUCAGUUCACCUCUGUGGUGAGGAUGGAUUACUUGGUAUAUUUCAGCUUCUUCACGUGGAUCCUUGUCCCUCUGCUCAUCAUGUGUGCUCUGUAUGUUAAAGUCUUUCACAUCAUCCGGACAAGGCUACAUCAAGGUACCACCAAUGUGAGAGGGGCGGGAGCUUUUUACGGGCAGGAGUUCAAGACAGCCAAAUCUCUAGCACUUGUUCUCCUCCUGUUUGCAAUAUCCUGGUUGCCCCUGUGCAUUAUAAACAGCAUUUUCUAUUUUUGUCCUGAGUGCAAGAUCCCCCCGCAUCUGAUAUACUUGGGAAUCCUGUUAUCUCACGCCAACUCUGCCAUGAACCCCAUUGUCUACACUUGCAAGAUAAAGAAGUUCCGAAAAGCAUACCUUGUAAUUUUAAGGACCUAUAUCCUGUGCAAAAAACCAGAUCCUGUGCUUAGAGAGCAAACAGACCAACAGUCAUAA